AUGGAGGGUCUGUUUUUCAACGUAAACAACGGCUAUAUUGAGGGCAUCGUUCGAGGAUAUCGAAACAGCCUCCUCACCGGACAACAUUAUAACAACCUGACGCAAUGCGAAACUAUUGAUGAUGUUAAACUACAGCUCGCCCCCGCAUAUGGCGACUUCCUCGGAGCUCUCCCUCCCCACCCCUCCACUUCUGCCCUCGCGGGCAAGAUGACCGACAAGCUUGUCGCCGAGUUUCGCUACCUCCUCGCGCAGGCCACGGGAUCUACUGCCAAGUUCCUACAAUUUCUUACAUACGGAUAUAUGAUCGAUAACAUCGCUCUUCUCAUCACCGGUACACUGCAUGAACGUGAUACUCGGGAGCUUCUGGAGCGAUGCCAUCCGUUGGGUUGGUUCGAGACGCUACCAGUACUGUGUGUUGCGACAAACAUUGAAGAGCUGUACAAUUCUGUGUUGAUCGAGACGCCAUUGGCUGGCUAUUUCAAGAGCAGCCUUAGCCAUCAGGAUCUGGACGAGCUCAACAUUGAGAUCGUACGCAAUACACUCUACAAGAACUACCUCGAGGACUUCUACAAAUUUGUCACUACACACCCGGAUUUCAAGGGCACACCGACGCAGGACGUGAUGGCGGAGAUGCUUGAGUUCGAGGCGGACCGACGUGCUAUCAACAUCACACUGAACUCGUUUGGCACAGAACUUUCAAAGCAGGAGCGGAGAAAGCUCUACCCCGAGUUCGGGAAACUCUAUCCCGAAGGGUCACUCAUGCUUUCUCGGGCCGAUGAUAUCGAAGCUGUGGCGCUGGCCGUGAGCGGAUCUUCGGACUACAAGGCUUUCUUUGACGCUGUAGGCCUGACCCAAGGCGGAGGAGGCCUUGGCGGCAUGGGCGGCUCCGAUGGCAAGAGCUUGGAGGAUAUGUUCUACCAGAAGGAGAUGGACAUGAGCAAGAUCGUUUUCACCAGACAGUUCACGCCUGCCGUUGUGUACGCGUGGAUGCGACUGAAGGAACAAGUAAGUGGCUCGCAACGACUGUAA